AAUAUUUUGGUGGAAAAUUGAUUGAAAAACAAAAUAAAAAAAUAUCUAGAUAUUUAUGCUUCCUUAGUCAUUAAGCUAAGACCAAGCUUAUUUCCUAUAAAUUGAGAGCCUUGUCUCAAUUCCACACACACACACAUAUACCAGCAGCCAAGGAGAGGGUGAGAGAAGGAGAGUGUGAUUAAAGGGAAGCAGAGAAGAAGAAGAAAAGAAAAGGAAGAAAAUGGUACCUUCUUGAGUCAAGAUUCUCUCUCCGCUCACGUUCUAAAAAUUGCAACUCCCUACCUGACAUUUAAAGUCACAUUACAAAUUACCCCUAUGUUAGUUUUUUUGUUUUUUUGAAUAGACCCCUUAUGUUAGUUGACUGUUAAGUCAAUUGAUGAUUUUUGAUAAUAUUAUAUUACCCUUUUCUAAAUACCAAUUUUGCCCUCUCUUUUUUAUUUCCUUCUCUGAUUAUUUUGCUUUUUUCAUACAAACAAUCAAUCAUCAUUCUCUCCUUGCUUUACAUCACCACCAUGCAUUACCACAUCACCACCUAACAAACCAAAGCAGGCUUAGGCCAUCAUGUUCAGAGAAAAUUACUUCUUUAAAUCAAUUAAUCAAACAUGUAAUGUGCAUAAGACUUUUGAUGAAAUAAUCCAGUGCAAAACAACUAAUGCAAAAUCCCAAAAACAAAUGGUAAAAUUAACAACCAGUCAACACACCCACAACAAGUAACAACAAACAAAAGAGCACCAGAAUUUCAACAUAACACGUACUAAUAAUUACGAAAUAAAUAACCGUAAUCAUGAACUGGGCGUUUUCUUUACUACAUACAACACAACCAGCAUAACACAUAAUACACCAACACCACACCAAACCCAAUCACACAACAAUCUUAUCCUCAAUCUCUCAAGAAACUCGCCAAACCCAAUCACAUAAUAAAUCGAUCAAUCACACAAACCCUCCAAUCUCAAAUGGUUCGUCGGUGAUCGUGACAGUAAACAUUGACAGAGAGCUUCGCCAUCUCAUUUAUGGAGGCUGGCACAGUGGUGUGGUGAAGAUUUGGGUAAUGAUUUGGUGGACAUGGGUUCGGCGGUUGCAGCAUAGACGUUCAUAGAUGUGACAGAUGGAGGUGGUGGGUUAUGAAGGAUGGUUUGAGACAGAGUGAUAUUAAGAAACGAAAUUAUAAAUUAUGAAUCACAUUUAUUUUGAGUGGAAUACACAUUAUAAAUUUAUAAAAUACAUUUAACAUUAGGGAUUAUUUUUGAGAUAAAAUUCCAUGGUAGAUAGAAUUCUCUCUAUACAUAUAUACAACAUAGAGUAAGAAACGAAAUUCAGUUUCCAAUAUAAUUUAGGAUUUGAAGUAUGGAAAGCCAACCAAAGUUAGAAGCUUAAGAAACCAAAUCUAAGUCCAAUAUUACUUAGGUUUCUAAAUACUAUAACUCAACCAAAAAUUAAACUCUUCUGACUAGUACUAUAAAAUAAGGUCACUCACCCCAUACCUUCAUAGUCACCAUUCUAAAACUCUCUCCCUCAAGCUUCAUCAUGGAAACUAUAUCAAGAAACUAUGACAUUGAAACAUAUGCGACACCACAGAUCAACCCACUACAGAUUAACUCACUACCUCUAGUUCGAGUUCCAACUGCAGCGCUCAUCAAAAUUUAUGUCAACAAUCUAGUUAAACUACAGCUCUGAACUUGUCAAGGCAAUGUCGAAUCCAGUUAUCCUACAUUAUUAAUUGCUCCUGAUAUUCGACAUGACUUCACCAUUCCACUUCAACUUCUUCCCUUCUUCUUUUCGUGGGAUCCCUAUGUUUUCAACCAACUUUCGUCCAUGGGAUUCGAUCUCGAACUCUGUAAUUCCAUGAAGGAACGCAUCAUCAGUUCUCUUUCCAGUUUGAUUAUUGCAUAUGGGGAGAGUCCUGGGUUUCAAGUCAUUGUGCAUUUGAGGAUCACCACCACGCUCAGGUUGGGUUCUGCACAAUUGAUAGACGAUCUAAUGAUGAAUCUAUUAGCCACAAAUGGGGCGAUUAUCAUGAACGAUGAUGGUAAUAUUGGAAUUGUAGAGACGAUAGCCACAAAUGGGGCAAUUAUCGUGAAUGAUGAUGGUGGUCUUAGAACUGAAGAGACGAUGAGGACGAGGACGGAGAGGGGUGUUUCAAAGGCCAUCAUUGAUGGGUUGAAGAAAGUGACAGUGUUCAAUGGUGAAGGAGACAAUGAAAAGUGCACUACUCGUGCUGUUUGUUUAGAGGAAUUUGGGAAGGGAACAGAGCUUACGUCCAUGCCAUAUUAUCAUCUUUUUCAUCAUCGCUGUAUUGUGUCCCGGUUGGAAUCACAUAAUUCUUGUCCCACAUGUCGAUCCAUAGUUCCAGAUUGAUAACAUUUUUAUGAUGAUCAUAUAUGGUGUUAUAACCUGGUCAUCGUAGUAUUAUUGGUUUCAGAUUUGGUAGUUUUGAUUGAUUCUUGAAAACUAUUGUAUUAGGUUCAUUAUUAGGGUUUAAGUUUGAUUUUUCUUUUUAUUGUUAAUUGUUUUCAAAUUUCCUUUUCGUACAGGUUUUCUAAUUACAUAAAAGAUU